AUGGAACUAAUGUCCAGCAGUGAGGAUGAGAGCACCGGAUGCACUUCGCCCACGUUACCAGCGCACUGCGAGCGUCUGCAGUCUUCUACCAGUAACGACAGCCUGGAGGAUGAGCUACUGAGCCCUUCGACGCGCAUUCGGGCCAACCGCCGACGUCAAGCCGCUGCUGGAGCAAGCCAGAAGCCGGUGAUCUCGGCGCGCGAGCUGCUCACGAGCUUCCGACCGCAGCAGCAGAAAAGUGGUGCGUCGCCUGCGCGAGAGCCGGCGAUCGCUGCGUCUGCAGCUGCCUUCUCUAUGGUCACGCCGAACAACUUCGUCGCUUCUUUCGCUGCCACUGAGAAGGAGGAACAUACGCUGUCGGUUGGUGAACGCAUAGCUCAAAAGUAUGGCCUGGCGUCGAUAGCGACGACGCCGCAUGCUGAAGUGACCCGUUCUCGAGUCCGUUCUAGCUCAACGAGCUCGCAUCCGUCUGCCUUUAGCUCUACAACGAGCGACAACCAUGCGGCAGCAGGGAAAGAGACAAUGCCUCAGAUGGUGCAUUCAGAAGGCAUGACAAACGCAAGAUCGCCCUGGGACGUUCCAACGGAUGACUGCACGAAGAAACUGACAGCAGAGACAACCGACGUGUCUCGGUCCAGCAAUUUAUAUGAGUACAUGUGCAUGAAGCAAAAACGACGACGUCGAUUGCGACUGGAGGAUGAGAUGGACAGUAGCGCGGCGGAGUCUGCUCGUGGUGCUUAUGGCAAUCACGUGAAGGGUACGGUAUGGGACGUUGGAUCACGACCGCGUGAUACCUAUGGCUCUACGCUUCCUGAUACUGAUGACGGUAUAGACAAACUGACGCCCGCCUCGAAGGAAGCUGUAUCGAGCAGUGAGGCGAUUUUCAGCAACGAUGCUACAGCAGACGACGAGGUACACCGAAUUCCUGUCCGACAAAGCGUUAUUAGCAGUCGACAAAUGAAGCGGGACAGCCGGAAGCUGUUAAACGUCGUAUCGCGCCAUCGGGCGCAAACAGUUCGAAGUGGCUUUAGCGAAUGUGGCAAGGGGUAUCGCACAAUGGAGCGAUGGCCGCAGCUUGAAUUGUCGAUGAUCGAUGCUGGUCCCAUGAUUCUCAGACCUUCGGAGGGUGACAGCCUCAAGACAUUAGAAGUCUGCGCAAACAUGAACAGUUACCUGUACGACUAUCAGCGUGAAGGUGUUCACUUUCUCUACAGCGCUUACCAGCGGAACACCGGCGCAAUUUUGGGCGACGAUAUGGGUCUUGGAAAGACGAUCCAGGUCAUUGCGUUCUUAUCAGCAGUUCUUGGCAAGCGUGGCGAUUAUCGCGACAAAGACGCCUGGAUGGCGCUGCUGCAUCAGCGCCGAGAGCGGUUCAAUGACAGUUGUUGUAUGACUUAUCCCGAAGGCUUGGGCUUUCGAUUUGCUGGCGAAACUGCGCCGAUUUUGAUUGCAAUGCCUGCGACUUUGCUCGACAACUGGGAGCAGGAGCUACGUACUUGGAUGAGCUGCGCUACUAUCAUCUUGCGGGGAAGAUUGAGUGACCGUGACAUUAUGAUCGAUCAGAUUGCUAGGGGUGAAUACGAGAUUGUCAUUUGCAGCUACGAUAUUCUGAAGAUGCACUCGAGUCGGUUGUACAAAAUCCCGUGGGAGACAGUCAUUUUGGAUGAGAUGCACUGCUUGAAGAAUCCCGAGUCUCAACUGACGAAGGCUGUCAAAUCGAUUCCGUGUCGCAAGAAAGUCGGACUUACUGGCACAUUGAUGCAAAAUAAUGAGAAGGAGCUUCACUGCUUGAUUGACACAAUCGCUCCGGGAGCCAUUGGACCUUGGAUGGAGUUUAGUAUGUAUUACGGAAAUGAUAUCAAAUAUGGUAGGAAAAAGUCUGCUGCUCUUGAAGCCGUUGAACGAAGUCGUCACAAAGAGAUGGAGUUGCGCAGAAAGCUGCGGCCGUACUACCUCCGACGAGAGAAAGAGAUCAACCCGAUCUUCCAAGAUGUCAAAAAGAAUGACCAAGUGGUAUUUUGUGACCUUACCCCACUGCAAGUAGCAGCAUAUCGACGGGUGUUGGCGAUGCCCGAGUUUCAGCUUCUCCAACGCGGCGAGCAGAAAUGCGACUGUGGUCGGGAUAGCAGCGAGAAACGAAAAAAGUGCUGCUACAAAACCCCUAACGAUGCCGGCGAUGCCCCGGGAUUGCUGUACGAGCGCUUUCACGACAAUGAACCGUGCAACAAUUGCCCGAAUUGCAUGUGUCUUCCAUGUGUGGCGAUGCUGUUGAAACUGUCGAAUCAUUUGGAGCUGUUGAAGGUCAAUCCGCGUGACGGAUUGGAGACACAGCAGUACCAAGCUGCAUUUGCAAGGGCAGCUUUCGGUAGCGACCUUGAUGCUGUCGGAGGUGUCAAUCAGGUGUCAAGUUUCCAAGAAAUGUGCUCUCUAUCGACGAAGACAUGCGGGAAGAUGAUCGUAUUAGAGAAACUGCUGGCGGUGUGGAAAAAACGUCGAGAACGUACGCUAAUCUUUAGUCGAAGUACUCGAAUGCUGGACAUCAUUCAACAGUUCUUAAUUGCAAAGGCGACACGGUAUAGUCGACUGGACGGAAAGACAAAAGGGGAGGAGCGUUUGCAAAUGGUGAAUGAAUUUAACGAUCGUGACAGCAACACUUCUGUGUUUUUGAUCAGCACGAGGGCUGGAGGCGUGGGUCUAAACCUGCAAAGUGCGACGAAUGUCGUAAUAUUUGACCCCAGCUGGAAUCCGGCACACGACUGCCAGGCUCAGGAUCGAGCGUAUCGGAUCGGCCAAACUAAAGAUGUGCAGGUUUACAGACUUAUCACCCUCGGGACAAUCGAAGAGAUGAUUUACGUUCGGCAAAUUUAUAAGCAGCAGCUGAGCGACACGACUUUGAAGGGUGCCAGCGCACCACGCUACUUUGAGGGUGUUCAAGGGAAUCCACGUCAGCGGGGGGAGCUUUUCGGUAUAGCAAACUUGAUUGGUUGGAAACCAGAUGGUGUGCUGAAGGGAAUCCAAGACGCAUACCAGCGGAGUCAUGACGGCUUGAUAGUGCAGCAGAACCGAGUUCGGUAUGACGCUGUGCCCGUGCGGAAGUCGACGAGAAAGUUGAGUACAAAGAUUCGGCCGGCCACCGUGGGGAAUGACGAAAGUGAGAUCAUUGAGGUAGCCGACGAGCUGGUAUCGGCGAUGAUGAUACCAGAGGACUCACGUGCAACAGCUUCUGCCAAAGGAGCGUCUGCAGCUGUCAUUAGCGAUAGUUGCGGUGAGGACAUGGACGCGCUAUUCAGCAAAAUUACACGUUUCCGCCACGAAGAGAUUGUUCGUAAGCCAGAAGAUAAGCACGACGAUGAGGCUGAGAAUGUUCAGCAAAGUGGAAGUGUGGAUGAAAUCAUGGAUUUUAGGUCAGAGCCAGAUGCACCAUUUUCAUGCAGACAUUCUCUUGCGAAGAAAGUGAAUAACCAGCAGAUAUCGCCGUCCUCUCCGUCGUCAACUAGUAUGUCGCAUGGGGGCGUUGUAUCAUGUGCGAAAAAUGCAAAACAUCGCGACGGCGACCCAGCUAUUAAUAAGAAGCCGCAUCGAACAUUGUAUGUACCAGCAUACUUGUAG